CAGUCUGAGUUCGCCUGUCACGUGGUACGGACUCGGAUGGAAUUGGACUGAAGUUCUUCGAAAAAAAGGUUAACCUCGUGGUUCGCGAUGGCUGAUGAAACGAAGACGAAGCUUCUUGAGCAGAUAAAACAACAGGGAGAUCUUGUGCGGAAAUUGAAAGCUGAAAAGGCAGACAUCACUGCUGAACCUAGAACCUCUGCAGAAAUAAAAACAGAAUUAGCGUUAAUAAAUAAAGAGCUGGUAGAAGUUAGCUAUAUUUGUGGCUGGAUUCCGACGGACAAGGAUGCAAAACUAUUUGACUUGUGUACCAAACAUAUAAAUGGUGAAUUAACAAGUUGGCCUCACUUGAAAAGAUGGUAUGAUAAUAUGAACAGCUAUACUCCAGCUGAGCGCUUAAAGUUCGCUGCUCUAAAAGGAGAAAUUUCACCUUUAGUGAAGAAAGUCGAUCGCCUAAUAAGUUCUGAAGUUUCUGACGAUAAAAAUUUAGAUAAAAAGAUAUCGGAAGGGGUAGCCAAAUUAUUAAACUUAAAGGCCCAAAUAGGAGAUGACAAUGUCGCUCAGAAGUUCACACUCAAAACGCCCAAAGGUACGAGAGACUACAAUCCUGAACAAAUGGCCUUACGGCUCGGAGUAUUGGACAAAAUUGUCGCUGUCUUUAAACGUCACGGGGCAGUCACUAUUGACACUCCCAUUUUUGAACUCAAGGAAGUUCUCACGGGAAAAUAUGGCGAGGACUCGAAGCUUAUAUACGACCUGAAAGAUCAGGGCGGAGAAAUUCUCGCUCUCAGGUACGACUUAACUGUUCCUUUCGCGAGAUACUUGGCCAUGAGCAAGAUCUCGAGCAUCAAAAGGUACCACAUAGCCAAAGUUUACAGGAGAGAUAAUCCUGCGAUGACAAAAGGACGAUAUCGCGAAUUUUAUCAAUGUGAUUUUGACAUAGCUGGUCAGUACGACCCGAUGUUACCAGACGUAGAAUGCCUUCGCAUAAUUUCUGAGGCUCUAUCUUCCUUGAAUUUAGGACCCUUUUUAAUUAAGGUUAAUCAUAGAUGUAUCUUAGACGGCAUAUUCGAGACGUGUGGUGUUCCCAAAUCCCAAUUUCGCGGUAUUUGUUCCGCCGUGGACAAACUGGACAAGAGUCCUUGGGAGGAAGUCCGGAAGGAAAUGGUGGAGGAAAAGAAUCUGGAUGGUGCGAUCGCUGAUAAAAUUGGUGCUUAUGUCUCGCUCUCUGGACAAAUUGAACUUGUCGAGAAAUUGAGACAAGAUGAGAAUCUGAUGAAAUCUCCAAGUGCUGUGCAAGGUCUCAAUGCGAUGGAGUUAUUAUUGAAGUAUUGUGAGAUUUAUAAAAUCAGUGAUAAUGUCAAAUUCGACAUGAGUUUGGCGAGGGGACUGGAUUACUACACUGGAGUGAUUUAUGAAGCAGUAUUAACCGGAGAUGACGUUGGUGUUGGAAGCAUAGCUGGUGGAGGUCGCUACGACAAUUUGGUUGGAAUGUUCGACACAAAAAAUAAAAACGUGCCCUGUGUGGGAUUAUCUCUAGGAGUCGAGAGGAUUUUCAGUGUCCUGGAAUCGAAGCUUGAAAAUAAAGGUAUGCGAACUCGAACCAACGAGGUUGAGGUUUUCGUCGCAACUGCUCAGAAAAAUCUCCACGAGGAACGAAUGCGAAUACUCGCUGAAUUGUGGGACGCUGGUAUCAAAGCCGAACAUUCGUACAAGAAACACUCGAAAAUCCUCGCCCAGUUGCAGCAUUGCGAGGAGAAUGGAAUUCCUCUGGUGGUCAUUAUCGGCGAGGGCGAAUUGCAGAGGGGCGAAGUCACAUUCCGGGAAGUGACGUCGAGAGCUGAAAAGUCUGUGCCGAGGAAAGAACUCGUCCAGGAGAUUCAAAAGUGGAUCGAACAUUCACGAACAAAUCCUUAGCCAAUCUACAAUUUAAUUUUUUUAUAACUUCUGUUGAAAUGAGACCGGAACACGGGGGUCAAACGUCUUUUUUUUAUUUAAUAGUUUGCAUUUUACACUUUUAUGUACCUCAACGGGAUUUGUACAAAGUCAUUUUUCGAUUCUGUUAUCGAGGAGUAAGGCGGGAUUCAACUGUCUGAAAAUCCAGAGACUCACGGAUGGAUCAGGAGUGCAAAAUUCUGUUCAGAUUAAGCAAGUGUAGUGAUUUUAGGCCAUUUAAUUCAUAGGACCUCAUGGUUCUUAAUUUAGCGAGUGAUACUUCAUGUGCUGAGAUAUCUCAGUUUUAUGAUUUUUACCAAGAGACAACCAAACUUUUUAUUUAUUGUAAUGAAUUUUGAAAUAAAAGAAGCAUUUAAUUGUA